ACGUGGCUCUUGCAGGGACACACUCUUCCGCAGCAGCAGUAGAAUAACCGGCGAGAAAUGGCUGCAGCCGAGUUGCGCAAAGAGCUAGAAGAUUAUUUGAAAGGGCUGAACAUCGAGACUGUGUGUGAGGAACAUCCUGAGGUGUUCACUGUUGAAGCCAUGAUGCCUUACGUACAACACCUUAAAGGGGCACACAGUAAGAAUCUGUUUCUGAAAGACAAGAAGAAAAAAAGCUUAUGGUUAGUGACAGUCUUAUACAACAGACAAAUCAACUUAAAUGACCUUGCAAAGAAGCUUGGCUGUGGAAGUGGAAAUCUGCGCUUUGCAGACGAAGGAACAAUGCUGGAAAAAUUAAAAGUUGGUCAAGGUUGCGCAACACCUCUUGCUUUGUUUUGUGAUAAACAAGGUGAUGUAAAAUUUGUGUUAGAUUCAAACUUUGUGGAUGGAGGACAUGAAAGAAUCUAUUUUCACCCAAUGAUUAAUUCAGCCACUAUGGGUAUAAAGCCUGUAGACUUCUUGCAUUUUGUAAAGGAAACAGGACAUGAACCUACAAUUGUAAAUUUUGAUUAAAAUAGAAACAAAAGCUUAAAUAAAAUGACUUGCAACUGA